AAAAAUGCAGAAUAUAACCGGUCCUGCAAAAACCAAUGAGACGCGAGAGUUAAGUGUGCAGUGUUUUUUUCUCUGUUUUUGAUUUUUUAUAGAUUCGACAAAUUAGUUGCUGCCGUUGAGUUCUUUGACUCUUAUUCCACUCUUGGCUCCGGACGACACGAUUGUGUUCUUUGCCGAUCGGGUUUGAGUGUUGAGUUAUCACAUCUGGUACGUCCUGUUAAUCGACACCACAACGUAUCACAGAUCGUCCGCGAACGUUCUUAUCGCAUCGUCUUUUCGUCUCACGAUCAGUGUUUUCAAGUUUUUGUGGGAAGAACUUGUUUUCUGAGACUCUUUCCGCGGGCAAAGAUAGUAAAAAUGCCAAAAAAAGGCGGGAAAAACGCGUUCUACUUCUUUAUGAUUGACUGGAAAACUCGUGCGGAAAGACAAGGCGCCGUUUUCCCAAACGGACUUCGAGACGUGCAAUUGGAUCCUGAUUGCAGUGCAGAGUGGAAGAAUUUAACUAAGCAAGAAAAAGGAAAGUACGAAGCCAUGGCGAAAAAAGACAAAAUCACUUCACAGAUAUCGGUUGUGAAGAGAACUACUCUUGGAGAAGACAUAAAUCAUCUUGAAGCCAAAGCGAGGGAACAGCAAAGGUUCAAAGAAUUAAUGAACCACAACAUAAAAUCAAUGAUUAAAACAGCUUUGAGCGAGAAAAAUUUAUCAUUACAAGUAUUUGUUCUGAUACACACUAAUUACUUUUUCAAGGAGCUUGUUGCACCUGAAAAAAUUAAGUACUUUCCUGCGGAAUACGCGGUGUCUAUUUUUUCGUUAGAAAAUGGCAUAGAGACUACUCAAAAUGUAGUUGUCAGCAUCCCAAUCCCAUUGGGAUAUAAACGAGAAGCAUUAGAAUCAUCUAAGGAGAUUCAUGGUAUACCGGUGGAAUACGCAGGCGGAGAAAAUAACUUCGCUGAUAUAUAUGCGAAGUUGGUCGAUUUCUUGGCGCCGUAUAUAAACGAGCAAGACAAGUAUCCGCCUUUUUAUACAACAAACGAGAAUUUACUGCCAGUGCGGUCUUUACUGGAACAACUGUGUCAUGCCGUGAAACGAGACACUGAACAGUUUGUUGUCUAUGAACUGGAAACAUUGUACGCACGUAUGGCGGAGGAACUUUACAAAGAGAGAGACGAUCGUAAUGUCAAGCUCAUUCCCGCAUAUGCCAUGCAUAUGUUUAAGCGUUGCACGUACAUGUCUGAUAUAGGCUCCGAAUGUGCUUUUCACAAGUACAGCACCAAUCCCACCGCCUGCAGUAGUUUCGAGCUGCAGCGCUGGGUGUGGAUAUUUUGCGAGGAAUUUUGCGAAUCGCUCAGAAUAGAUUUGCGCCCGGGAGUGCAUCAUCCCAAGAAAGAGAGAUUCGACAACUUUGCCACCGUGACAAGGACGCUGGACAAUAUGAAAAUCGUAGAUAACUCUAUGUCUGAUCUAUCUGAACCUGAAAAUGCUGCGAUCCUCUCUUCGACAAAUGUCAGCGAGCAGCAUAGAAUAAAAGUAUCUAGCAGGUCAUAUAAAGAUGAACUUCGUCGUCGGAAUCAAUCGGCACCAAUAAAAAUUAUUCAGUACGGAUCGGAUGAAAGUAUCAACAAGCUCGCUGAUAAAGCUGGUUGUUCUAAAUCUGAUGAUACAAAUCUUGAUGAAUCCGUCAAGAAUUCUGUUGAGGAACCUGUCAAAAGUAAAUGGGUGCCAUCUUAUUUGAAUGAAAAACCAAUGAAGCCCCCGAAUAUAAGUUCAUGUGCUAGUCUUACUGUGAACAAUGAUGCCGCAGCGUAUAAUUCCAACUUUCCUAGUAUCGGCGGCAGAGGCAAGUCACUCUUAGGCAGAUCCAAUGAAGAAUCAAGAAAAGUAACGGGUAGAGGACGAGGAUACAUAAUUUAGAGACAGUGUUGAGGAAACAUCAUGUAUCAAGUAUCAAAUCUUCUAUUAAAGAUGUUUCGAAGACCUUAAAUGCGGACCUACUUAAUUUCUGUUUACUAUUAUGAUGUUCCUUUGAUCAAAACUGUAUUUUGAAGCUUUUCUACAAAAAUUAUUUUUUUUUACCAGAAAGAGAAUUUUCAUGCAACAAGUGCAGUUAAACUGUCUUUUACUCUUUACAACGAUAAAAAAUCUGUUAAAAUAAUUAAGUAUGUACCAACGAUGUAUAUCAAAAAUUUGUUUCUUUGUUCGUGUUGCUUUUUACACUUUAUUUUGUUUUUCUUAUCUUUUCACACACGUGUAUGUUCAGCGGAAAAGUCACAAAAGUGUAAGCAGCAUGAAUAAACUUUGUAUUUUUGUACAGUGUCCGACAAUUACUUUAAAAUCUCUCGUAGGCAGGUAGAAAGAGUAAAACU